AUGGAAGAUUGUGCUCUUCAUCGAGCUUAUCAUGCAUGUGGUACUUAUCUUUUGCAAAUGGUCAGUAUUGCUUGUGAAGUUGUUGAACAACAAAAACGUAAAAAUCUCAACAUAAAACGUUUCCGUAGAUUCUUACAACGGAAAUUGUUAACUGAAGCUUGUUGCCAAACUUUAUGUACUGUUGCUGAAAUGACACGUUAUUGUCCUUAA